AUGCCGGAUCCCUUGUCGUGCAACCAGCGGGGGAUCCCCGUAAAGCAACUGGGCGGAAUCUCUACUGAAGUAGACAGAAAUGAUAGUCUUGGACCUAAACGCGUUUUGAAACAUGGAAUGACGCUAUCACAUUUCUCAACCGGUCGAAAUUUGAAUAAAGUGGCACCAGAGAAUGUAGUACCUCCUGCGCCAUUGACGCGACCGCAGAAGGUAUUGGCUUUUGUUGAGAACAAGUAUGUAAGCUCCUUUAUGACAGCAUGCACGAUUUUUGCGCUGUUUGGUGACGACUUGCGCAUAAGUUUAUUUCCGAAAAAUGCUGAUGAUCAUGUGUACAACGUUCUCUUUGCACUCUUUCUCUUCUUCUUCAUUGAGCUGGGUCUCAAUGUGUAUAGUCGUCCCAACUAUUUUAACCGUGGACAAGGCUUUUCGUUUUAUAUGGAUCUAAUUUCCACACUUUCCGUGAUUCCUGACGUUGACUGGAUUUGGACCAAAGUCGUCGGUUCGUCUACAUCAACUAGUGCAUCGCAAGCUGCUGCAUUAAAAGCAGGUCGAGCAUCACGUGCAGGAACAAAAGCAGGUCGAAUAGUGCGACUAGUUCGAUUGUUUCGCAUGCUGCGUAUCAUGCGUGUUGUUAGGAAGAAUAAAAAUGGCGAAACUAAAAAAGUUGAGAUUUCCGAGCCUUCCAAAAUUGGCAAAGUGCUGACGGAGAAGACGACGAGAAGGCUGAUUGUGCUUGUGCUUCUCAUUAUUAUCGUCUCUCCAAUAAUUGACGGAACAGUGGACCUAACGCAGGAUGAUUUUCAGACGUCUCAAUUCGAGCGUCUGCAUCGCUACACUCAAGACUAUAAAAAAUCUGGAUCAGUCACUUUGGCACACAUACAAAGUCUUGUCGACGAGUACGUUCGUGAUGCGAACGGACUUAUUGUGCAGAUGGAAUUAGCUAGUAUUGACAGUGAGCAGCUGAAGUCCUGGCUUCAGUCUGUUAGAUUUCAACCGCUUAAUAGCGACGGUAGUGAUUGGCUCUUUGGUUCUAACCAAACUUUGACGACAAAUCCGAAAACAGGGUGGUCAGCCUCGUAUUUAUUAGACGUUCCUAGCGUGAAGUAUCGAAACACAGAGAUUACAACCGUGGAAAAUUUAGGGUGUUAUGUCGGUGACGUUUGUAUCGAUUGCGAUUCUCUUCGUAGCAUUAGUUCUUGCCAUUCAGCUGUCACAUUUGACAUAUCGUCGUUUACAACGAAUGCAGCAAAUCUUAACAUCGGUAAAACAAUUAUUGUGAUGAUAUGUUUUGCUGUUUCCAUCUUUGUGCUAACGAGAGAUGCCGAGACGAUGGUUAUUGGUCCAAUCGAGCGGAUGAUGCGUCUUGUAACGCAGCUCGCGCAAAACCCCCUUGGAUCUACUGAAGCCAAGCGCGAGGAAUAUGAAACAGAUGAGCUAAAUGGUACAGACUACGAAACCAAGAUGCUAGAAGACACGCUUAGUAAGAUCGGUCGGUUAUUACAAGUCGGAUUUGGUGCUGCCGGUACUGAGAUUAUAGCCAAAAACAUGGGAGGUGCAGGUGAUUUUGAUGUUAUGAUACCGGGCAAAAAAAUUACGUCUGUUUUUGGGUUUGGCAUCAUUGAACACUUCACUGAAACGUGUAGCAUUUUAGAGGAGGAUGUGAUCACGUACAUCAACACAAUUGCGGAGAUUGUACACGGUGAUGCCAAGAUAUUUCAUGGUGCUGCCAAUAAGAACAUUGGCUCAGCAUUUCUAUUAGCGUGGAAAAUCUGCGAUGGAGCAUUGCCAGGAAUGCGUGACCCACGAGAUUCUGCUGAGAAGCCUCGCAUGUUGCCGGCUGAAAAGGCUCGACGACGUGAAGGAAUUAAUAUCAAAAGUCUAGGAUCAGGCUCAAUUAUGCGACGAAUUGGACCGACGGAACUUGUUGACAGCGCCUUGACCGCGAUUCUUAAGAUGCGAGUCGAUAUCCAUAAUGCCAAUCAUCAUGGUACACUGCACAAAUACUGCAUGAACACGAAGCUUCUUGCUGCUUUUGACAGUUUUGAGGUACACUUGGGUUUUGGAUUGCAUAUCGGCUGGGCUAUCGAAGGCGCUAUUGGCUCGAGAUUUAAGAUUGAUGCAUCUUAUUUAUCCCCAAAUGUCAACAUGGCAGCUCGUCUCGAAGCAGCUACAGGCCAAUUUGAUGUCCCGAUGCUAAUUUCGGAAUGGUUUGUUGACGAAUUGUCUGCUGAAGCUCGUCGAUUUUGUCGAAAAAUUGACCGAGUAGCGGUCAAGGGCAGUGAAAUACCAAUGGAUUUGUGGACUUUUGAUAUCGGGCGGUAUCCAUCAGAAGGUGUUCAGCCAGACGUUAGUGAGGAGGGAAGGCAAAAGCCCGUCGAGUAUGGUGUCGACACUAUCUAUCCUGCUCUUCAGGAAGGUAUUCCUUCUAUGUUUUUUUCGAAUUUUCAUGAAGGAAUCGAUGCGUACUUUGCUGGCAAAUGGGACAUUGCAAGGGUAAAACUCAAUGCUGCGAAUCAGUUGUGGGAAGAUGGACCAACUAAAGUUGUGCUUAAAGUCAUAGAGACAGAGGGUUGGAAAGAAGAUGGUGAAUUUUUGGCUCCUUUGUGGUGGAAAGGUUAUCGGCAGCUCACGGAAAAGUAG